UUUCCAAAGAAUCCAUUUAGCACUUAAUGAAGCCAGCUGCGAACGUCAAGAACAAACUGCAAUUGGAACCAACGCCUGUGGAAGUGGAGGCGGCGACUAGAGAAAGAUCGCAUCUUGUUUGUAGGCUAGGGCCAGGGAAUCGAGCGGUCAUAAAACCAUGACCACGUUCAUUUAACGCUUAUAAAAGUUAUCAACAAUAAACGCCCGGAAGGUGUCCGCCCGUGCACUUGGCGCCCUUGGAGCAUUUAGCUUGCUUGGCGCGGGCUUGACGCCAGCGGAGUGAGCAUUAUGGGAGACCGCCAGAACAGAGGAGGAGGUGGGGGCCACCGUGGCCACCGCGGCGGCGGCGGGGGAGGGCACCAUGGCGGGGGGGACGGCGGGGGCUAUCGGGGCGGCGGUCGCGGCGGCCGCGGCCACUGGCACGGCGACGGCGGCGGUGGCCGCGGCGGCGGCCGCGGGAGCUACGGCCGUGGCGGUGGCGGCGGCGGCUAUCACGGCGGGGGUGCGGGCGACGGCGGCGGCGGGCGCGGCGGUGGCGGGGGCGGCGCCAGCUACCAGCGCAGCUACAUUGGCGCGGGCGGCAAGCGCGGGCGCGACGAGGGCGCGGAGGGUCCGCCCAAGCUGAGUCCGCAGCACGUGCUGGUGGCCAAGCUGCUGGGCGUGUGCGACCGCAACACGGGCUCCGCCCGCGACGAGUGGAGUGACGAGCGCUUCUUCGACGACCUGCUCAAGAGCUGCCGCCGCGACCUGGAGCACGGCGGCGACCACGUGGCGGCGCUGCUGGUGGAGGCGGCGGUGGAGGUCAGCUUCAAGACGCAGCACUACGCGCUGGUGCUGGGCAUCCUCAACACCGAGCGCGCCGACUUCAGCCGCCGCGUGGUGCUGUCGCUCAUCGACGGCCUGAACGCCACUCUGGAGGCCGCGCCCCAGCCCGACACGCCCGGCCAGCCGCGCCCCUUCCGCGCCAAGCAGCUCCUGCGCUUCCUGGCCGCCCUGCACGCCGUCAACGUCGUACCAGCCGCAUGGCUGCUCACAGCACUCAACUCGGUCGUGGACGCCGCGUCGGCGGCGCUGGCGCGCGCCGCCGCCGCCGCGGAGGCGGAGGCCGCCGGCGCCGAAGGCGACGGCGGCGGCGGAGCCGCCGCCGGCCUGGCGGCCGGCGGCGCGCUGCUGCGCGGCGGCGCGGUUCAGCCGUGGAGCGACUUCCUGGUGGGGAGCGUGCUUCUGGCGCUGGUGUGGUGCGGGCGCGACCUGGCGGCGGCGGAGACGGUGGUGCCGGCGGAGGGCGAGGGCGGUGGCGGCGAGCUGAGCCUGGCUGCGCUGAUGGCCAAGCUGGAGGGGUACAUGGGGGCGCGGCCGGUGGCGGAGGACGAGGCGCUGAGGCCGCUGCUGGCGGCCAGGAGCGAGGAGGACCUGGCCGCCAAGAGCGACAGCGGCGGCGCCUCCUUCGUGACGGAGCUGUGGGACGCGGUGACGGAGUGCGCCGGCAACGCGUGGGAGGUGGCGGUGCUGCCCAAUCCGCACCUGGCCUACCUGGAGAAGCUGGCGGCGGGCGACUCGCUGGCCGACCUGCCGCCGCUGCUGGUCAGCGCAUGGCCGCCGGGCGUGGACCCGUCGCUGCCUGCCGCCGUGGCCGCGGCCCGCGUGCGGCGCCUGUUCCCGCCGCGCGGCGGGCUGCGGCUGCUGAGCCGCGAGUACCUGGAGGGCGAGCUGCCGGCCAUCGAGCGGGUGGUGGUGAUGGAGUACGUGCUGGACACGCUGGCGGCACUCAGCAGCGACAGGACCGCCUGUGUGCUGACGCUGUCGGGCGCGCUGCCUCACCACCUGGCGGCGGUGUUCGGGUCGGAGCGCUCCACCGUGCGCAACUUCGUGGCGGAGGCGCUGUUCGGCCAGAUGCUGCGGCUGCCGGGGCCAGCGCUAUCGCACGCCGCAUACUGCACCCUGCUGGUGGACCUGUGCAAGGUCCCGCACUUCCAGUUCGCGCGCGCGCUGUCCUCCUGCGUGCGCGAGCUGUUCUCCUGCAUGCCGCUGCUGGACCCCGAGCUGGCGGGUCGCCUGGCCUCCUGGCUGGCGUACCACCUGUCCUCCUUCUCCUACCAGUGGCCCUGGGACCGCUGGCAGGCCGUCACCGACAGGCCGCCGCACGACCCGCAGAGGGCCUUCUGCGCGGCGCUGCUGGCGAGGCUGCUGCGCCUGGCGGACUACCCCAUCGUGUUCAAGUCGCUGCCGCCCUACUUCCAGGCGCUGCUGGGGCCGCCCGCCGCCGAGGUGGCGCCGCCGCUGCCCGGCAACAUGGACCAGCACAUGCCGCACAGCCACAGGCGGCCAGGAGCAGGAGGGGCGGCAGGAGGAGGUGGCGCGGGGCAGCAGCAGCAGCAGCAGCAGCAGCAGCGGGGUCGCGGCGGGCGCGGGGGCGGUGAUGCGGACAUGCCGGACCUGCUGGAGGAGGCGGAGGACCGGGAGCAGGCGAUGCAGGUGGACGACAAGGAGGGCGGCGCGGCCGGCGGCGGCGGCGGCGGCGGUGCGGAGGGUGGCGAGGAGGGCGCGGUGGUGCCGCCGGCGCCGUGGGCGGGCGACGCCGUGGCGGAGUGUGCGGCGGCGCUGGUGACGUGGUGCCGCAAGCAGAGCGCCUCGGUGCAGCAGGCCACCAAGAGCCGCUCGCUGCGGCCGGAGCAGGUGUCUGCGCUGUGGUCCUCCAAGGCGCUGGACUGGGUCCACGACCACACGCGCGAGCUGGCGGACACACACGGGCCCCUGGCGCCGGCGCAGGUGGUGUCCACGCUGCUGCUGGCCAUGGGCGCCAAGUCGCCCAGCCACCUACACGUGGCCGUGGAGCGAUACGCCGAGGCGGUGCGGGCGGUGCUGGCGGAGGCGGACGGCGACGCGGCGGCGCUGGGCGCGCUGCCGCCGGGCAGCUGGCGCGGCGCGGCGGCGGCACUGGGCGCCAGUCCGGGCCAGGUGGCCAUGCUGGAGGUGCUGUGGCGCUACCACGCCUGCGAGCCUCAGCGGCUGCUGCUGGUGACGGACCGGCUGCUUGCGCUGCACGUGCUGGACGGCCCCGCGCUGGUGGCGGCGCUGUUCGCAGACCUGGAGGCGCCGGCCGGGAGGAGGCAGGCGGCAGCGGGCGGGAGGAGCAGCGGCGGCAGGAGGCUGCUGCGGAUAGGAGGAGGCGGCGGCGAGGGAGAGGAGGGGGCGGAGGGAGAGGAGAUGGAGCAGCAGGAGCGGGAGGAGGAGGAGGGCGACGGCGAGGCGGGGGCGAAGGAGGCGGAGGGCGACGGCGAGCCGCACUGCCCGCUAAGCCGCGCGGACGACCCGGUGCGCUGCGCGGGUUGCUGGGAGGUGCUGUUCCACGGGCUGGACCGGCUGGUGGCGGCGCCGGCGGAGCUGCCCAGCGAGGUGGCGGACUGGGAGAAGAAGCUGGGGCAGCUGCAGGCUCUGCACGCGGGUGUGGUGGCCAGCGCGGCCCAGGGCGCGCCCGGCCUGGCGGCCCGCGAGCGCGACGUGGCGGCUCAGGUGGACGCGGCGGCGCGCUGCCUGGGCGCGGUGCGGCUGAGGCUGGAGCGCAGCAGCGCCGCGGCGCACGAUGCACUGCUGCUGAUGUACCUGGGCUUCAUCCGGCUGCUCAACCGCGCCGCCGCCGACGCCGAGUCCGCCGGCGGCGCCAUGGACGAGCCCGGCGGCGGCCGCGCAGAGGCGGCGUCCUCGCUGCUGGCCGCCUGGCUGCGCUCGGCGCUGCUGCGCUACGCCGAGCCCAGCGCGGCGCUGGUCAGCAGCGGGCGGCUGCGGGAGGAGGCGGCGGCGCACGAGGCGGCGCUGGGCGGACCCGUGCCCGAGGCCUUCAGCGGCGCGGUGGCGGCGCAGCUGGGGCUGAGGCUGUGAGGCUGGCAGGGGUGGGAAGGGAUGGGGAGGAGCGGAGGGGUGGGGGUGCGGGGAUGUGGGGUUGAGGGUGAGGUGGGCGGGGGCGGGGGCGGGGGUGGGGCCGGGAUUGGGGGCGGGGGGCUGUAAAUACCAGCCCAAGCUAAAGUGGGGGGCAGGGCGUAGGAAUGCGGAAAUGGGUAGACGGUAAUGCGGCUGCAUGUGGACGUGGUUAGGGCACGACACAUGCGCGAAGAGGGAGAGUUGAGAUGGCGGUCGUGAAAUGAUGACGGCGGCUGGAGCCCGGGGGGCGGGGCCACCAGGACGUGUACGUCGUUGCGGUGCGCAUUUCCUGUAACACCGAGUCGCGAGAAUGUCUUUGUGUUUGUUGUGUUUCUUGCGUGUAUGGGGCAGUGGAUGGAGCCAGGUGUGCCUCGUGGCCUCGUGUUCACGCAACUUAUGCGCUGGGGUCCUGCCGCACCGGCUGUAGGCGCUGUAGUUCUACACCACAUUCGGUACAUCACCCUGCGGUGAACGCCCUGGGGCAUCUAGAUGUGUCUUUUGACGACUGUCCUACUACACCGGCCUUGCCACGGCCUUCAAACGACCGACCUGUUGCCCCGCACG